UUUGCUCCAUUUGGUAUAUGGAACAGGAGACUUCAAAUCUAUCCAAGGGGGAACAUAAAGGAAGGAGGGGAGGGACAUAUUUCCUUAUAUAUAGAGGUGGUGGAAAAUCACCCCAUUGUUGGGCCAUUAAAUGUCAUAAUCAAAUUAUUUGUGAAAGAUCAAAUGGAAGAAAAGUAUUAUACUAUCCCAGAUUAUAAAGCAGUGCACUUGAGUGGGCUAAAACGGAUAUGGGGUAUCCCUAAAUUCAUGGAUCUCGAGGUUUUUAAUGAUUCUUCGAACGGAUACUUGGUGAAUGAUGCAUGUUUGUUUGGAGCCGAGAUUUUCAUAAUCACACCAUUGAGCAAAGUGGAUGUGUUGUCUUUAAGGGACGAUGGAAAAUGGUUAACCCGAACCCACUUUUGGAAGGUCAAAUCUUUUAGUGAAAUUAAUUUCGUAGAGUCAGACACAUUCACUUGCGGGGAUUUUAGAUGGAAGAUCAGGCUCUUUCCUAAAGGGGCUUCGGAAGACAUCAAGUGGAAAUACAUUUCGGUUUAUCUAUGUUUGGAUGUGUCGUCUAUUCCGUCCGAUACUAAAGUCAGUACUACUUAUACAUUGCGUGUAACCAACGAGGAAAAGUCAACUAUCUUUGAAGAAAAAAGUAAUUAUCAUUACUUUAGUGAACUACGUCAAUUUGACGGAGUUCUCAAGUUUAUGUCACUUGCGAAAAUACUAGAUCCAUCAAGAGGAGUUUUGGUGAAUGAUACUCUCUUUAUUGAAGCGGAAGUUUCUAUUCUUGGUGUGGAUGGAUUAAGAAAGUUGCGAGCUGAACGUUCAGACAUUUCUGAUGUCGAUUUGGCUGAAGAAGUUUUUGGUACUCAAGAGAAGGGAAAAAUUAUAGGAAUGGAAUCGGUUUUAGCUUACAGAGUUAGAGGCCCUACAAUGUAA